AUGGAAUGGCCUUCUGCUUUUAAUGUUGCAAAAUUCGACGGGUUUAGUGUUGAGAUCACCAUACAUUGUAAAUACCUGCCAAAACGCUACCGGCCUAGUGUUACUGCAAGCAAUUCCCAGCAGCCAGACUCAGCCGCAGUGGAGAAUCAGGAACAGGAGACUACAGCCGCUAACACAACCCCUGACGACGAAGCAUGA